AUGGGAUGUGGGAAAUCAAAACACGCAGUUGUCACCGAGACCACCAUCGUGAAAUCCACAAAAUCUGAUGACGGGAAAGAAACCCGCAAAACCAAAACCGUCACGGAGAAAGGCGACUCGAUGUCCGUACAAGAAGUCGAAACAACGACAUCUGUUGUCGAAGACACCAAGAAGGAGACCACCACAACAAAAGUAGACCCCAUCGGUACUGCCAAUGUAGGGGCCAGUUUGGCCCCUACAUUGGCAGACGAAGAAGUCACAAAAGAAGAUGAGAAGGUCACCGAUGUGGCCCCCACAGAUGAUGUGGACGACGUCAUGAAAGCCGUGAAGGAAGAUGAAGAAGUUAAGAAUUCAGAUACCACCGACGUGGUCCCCACAUCGAAUGAAGGUUGUGCGGAAGUUGUGAAAGAUGACGAGAAGAAAGAAUCCGCAAUGACAGAUGAAAAGGAGGCUAAGAAAGAUAAUGCGACUCCCACAUUGAGGGAGAAUGUUAUGGAAGCCACAUUGGUCGUGAAGAGUGACAACAAGUUUAAGGAUUCCAAAGAAGAAAUGACCUAUGAAACACCAAUGAAAGCCACCGAAGAUUUUCCGAUCACCGAGUUCACAACCCCAAAAGUCCAGGAACUAAAAGCCAAAGAAUCGACCAAAGUGGAAACAAAGAAAGGUAUGAAACUUAGAUGA